AAACAGCUCGUCAACCACCUCGGUAGCUUGCUAACCAACAUAGCCGAAAGAUUCAAGCUAUUUAUACGCUUUCGGUGUAUAUUACCUACUGUGUUUUCGACACACUUAGGUCGUAUCUACUUGUUAACCUAUUUAAUUUAAUAUUACGUUAUUUUGUAUUAGUCAGCUAUAGUAGCUGGCUGGUUAAGUUAGCACUAGCCUAGUCGCUAAUGAUAGCUAGCUAGCUAACAUCCCCGAACAUGAGCUCCCUAAACUUCUCCCCUCCUGUUAAAGAAGAGGAGGUCUGCUGGACGGAGAAAGGAGGUCUGUGGCUGAACGUUGUCGUGAAAGAGGAGGAGGAAGAGGAGGCUGUCACAGUAAAACAAGAAGUAGAGGAUGGGGCUGUUACAGUGAAAGAAGAGGAAGACGCGUUCAGAGUGAAAGAGGAGGAGGAUGUAGUUUUUGGUGUGAAAGAAGAGGAGGUUGGAGAUCUGUUUAACACCAGAGAGAUACGGGACUAUCGUGGAUCUGGGGAGCCUCAACAACCUCAUGAUGCUGACGAGGCAGAGAAGAGUCUCUCCAGAUCAGAACGCCUCAAUAAACACCAGCAGAGAUCCACAGGGAAGAGAACUCACUGCUGCUCUGACUGUGGGAAGAGAUUCUCCUCCUCAUCAGGCAUUAAAACUCAUCAAAUGAUCCACACAGGAGAGAAACCUUAUAGCUGUGAUCAAUGUGGGAAGAGUUUUAUUAGAUCUGGCCAUCUGACUUUACACCAGAGAACACACACAGGAGAUAAACCUUAUAGCUGUGAUCAAUGUGGGAAGAGUUUUAGUCAAUCUAGCUCUCUGACAGUGCACCAGAGAACACACACAGGAGAGAAACCAUAUAGCUGUGAUCAAUGUGGGAAGAGUUUUUGUCAAUCUAGCUCUCUGACAGUGCACCAGAGAAGACACACAGGAGAUAAACCUUAUGGCUGUGGUCAAUGUGGGAAAAGUUUUUGUCAAUCUAGCUCUCUGACAGUGCACCAGAGAACACACACAGGAGAGAAAUUGUAUAGCUGUGUUCAAUGUGGGAAGAAUUUUGGUCAUUCUGCCUCUCUGACUCAACACCAGAGAAUACACACAGGAGAGAAACCUUACAGCUGUGAUCAAUGUGGGAAGAGUUAUGGGCAAUCUAGCCAUCUGACUCUACACAAGAGAACACACACAGGAGAGAAACCUCAUAGCUGUGAUCAAUGUGGGAAGAGAUACUCUAGUAAAAUAUCUCUGAUCAAACAUCAGAAAAUACAUGGAGUUGUUUCAUGAUAUCAAUGAAUAAAUGUCACAAUGUAGAA